AUGAGAUUAUUUUCGGCAGGAGCAUUCAUUGCUAUGGCGAGCUCAAGCUCAUUGCAUUGCACUCCAGUCCAAUCGCAAGGCAACAUGGUCUACAGACACUGCAAGUGUGUCAACGCCGACGGAAGUGACGUACCCAACUCACUUCAACUAAUCAUUGGAAACUCGCCCUUGCCAGUCUGUGCCCCGGCGCAGAUUCAACCAGUUCUCCCCGUUGGCAACUUUGCCAAAGUUGAAACUUCCAACUCAGCAGCUCUUCCGACAGAUGCCCCCUUGGUCGACUUUGAGGCAACCACUGUAGACGACCAUGGAUUCAACCCAAAAGAAGCAAAUGCUCUUGAGCCAGCAAAGAAUCUCCAUUCUCUUCCUCCGUGCGAAUCUCGUGUGACAACUUGUUGGUGCGUAGAUGUCAAAUCUGGUGAAGCACGGCCAGGCUCAAGAAGAACAGUUUCCGUCGACACCAUCAACGGAGCGCUGCCCGAUUACGGCGAGCCAAACCUCGAUCACGGAAAAGACUGCCGCGCGUUUGGAUCUUCUGGAUCCCGACCGAUGAACAUUUAUAAAGGCACAGCAACGAAUUCGUACUUGUAUAACCAAAACGCUGGCCCAAGUGUUCGCCAGGAUCCGACAAUCAGCUCUGAGCCAAGCCCUAUCAACUUGUCUCCUUUCAAAAGCCCGUUCGAAUCCCCUGUGAUCUACAAUCCAGCAUCAGAGAAAUCCGAGUACGUUCAAAAGCCACCAGCAACACUCUCCAAAACUUACACGGAAAAAACUGAGCCUAUGUACCGCCCAAAUCCGCAGAUCUCUCAUCCCAAAGUCAAUUACAACCCCUUUUUCGGGCUCUUUGGCCGAAACUGGUUCGGAUAA